CUCAAUAUGACCGACCGAACCGAGUCUAUACCGCACUGGAAUCCCAUAAAGAUUGCUCUGUUAGUACUCUCAGGCGUUGCAGCGAUCAUAUUUCUGUCUGCCCUCGUCUGGUGGCUCAACCGCCGCAAAAGCCUCAAAAAGGCCAAUAAAGAACAAGAUACGCCUGCGCUUGGUUUCUGCCCCAACUCUUUGAUGACCCAUCACCCACAUGAGUACCGUGGAGUUCCACAACCAAAGAAAGUAGUCCUGAGAGCUCCGACAGCACGAAAACUAGUAAGGAGGGAUGUACCAGACCUCCCGGCCACAGGAUAUCUGACCGUCCCUGAAGUCAACCUAGACACACUUGCCAGCCUACCUAGGUCAAUUGCAGACUCAGGUUAUCAGGCCAGCAAUUACUCUUCUGGAUCGCGGCAGGUACCCGUCACAGAUGUCACAAAUAAAUAUCUGACCGUACCUGGGGUCGACCGGAACAUACUUGCCAGCCUACAUGGACCAGUUUUAGACUCGGGUUCUCAUGCCAGCAAUCGCUCUUCCGAGUCGCGAGAGGUACCCGUGAUAUUCGUUACCUCUAAUAAUGACAGUAUGCACAGGAGUGCGUCCAUGACUUCGUCCGAAUUCGAUGUGGAGUGGAAGGCUGCUGAAAGGGAAUGGCAAGACUUCGACAGCUAA